AACUGGAUACACCUGCGCCACUGGUAUUUUACAACAGCAGCAUCAGCGAAACUAGGCAAACCAUUCGUAUUUUAAUUUGCUAAAAGAAAUAAAGCAGUUUUAUUUCUCGGUGACAUGAGCGAGGAAGACAGACUUUGUGAACUGGCAACGGUGUCCUUGCAUGUAAGUGACCUGGAGACUGACCCUGGACUGGACAACUCCCAGAAACACGAAGAUCAAAUAAAUAUAUGUGAAGGUGGAAGGCUGUACAACGGCACUGUACACGGAGGAUCAUCGACAAAACCUGCUCCAGAAUUUGUGGACACAACUGUAGGCAGCAGCGCUGACUCAUCUGAUUUAGGAAAAGCGAAACUGUGUACAGAACAUGAAUGCGAACUAGAGUUGUACUGUAGUACAGAAGGAAAACUGACUUGCUCGCAAUGUGUGUCCGUUGGAUUUUGUCAGGGUCACGCAGUGACAGAACUGGUUACCCGGGCAACUAUAGUAAGGAAUCAGUUGGUGGAUGUCUGUGAGGAAAUGCAGCUGCAAGCUGUACGGAUCGAACGCUUCAUUGACCGUACACUGACAGCAAGAGAGAAAGCUGUACAAACAGAUGCAAACAGGGCAAGAGAACGAGUGUUGGCUCAGGUGAGCGUGGUGCGCGAGGCUCUGGAGGAGGAGGAGCAGCGUCUCCUGGAGGCCAUACAGAGAGAGGAAGAGCAUGUGGAGCAGUGCCUCCUCACUCAGAGAGCACACUGGACUCAAACCUUGGAGAAACUCACCCAAACACGCACCAGCCUGGUGCACACACUCACACACUCAACAGAUACAACGCUUGUGAGCUCUAAUGAAGAAAUAAAUAACAGGAUUGAGGAUGCAGAAGGUGUUGGUGAACCCCGAGAUAGCGAGCAACUAAGUUUGAACAGAAGCUGCAGUGACAGUAAAGUCUUGAUGGGUUUAUGGGUCAGUGCAUUACUGCUUGGGCCAUCUGCCCAUCGCUCAACUACAAUGCAAUUUGAAAAGCAAACCAUCAGUCCUCUUCUCUCCCUCUCCAAUGACCAGCGCACCGUAACUUUCCUUCCCAAACGCCAGCGUCAGUUACCCCCCUAUGACCCGGCACGCUUUGACAACUUGCCUAAUGCCCUUUGUUCCCCUUCCAUGUCUUCUGGUACUCACAGCUGGGUAGUUGACGUAGGCACAAGUGGCGCUUUCAAAGUAGGCAUUUGCUAUGCCAGCAUAGAACGCAAGGGGUCCGGCAAUGAAGCUCGACUGGGAUACAACACAAAUUCAUGGGUGCUCUCGCAUUAUGAUGGAGACUUGUCUUUCUGUCACAAUGGAUGCAGUGUGGCUGUUGCAUUGACUAAGAAACUAAAGAGAGUGGGACUGCUGCUGGAUUGGCCCAGUCAGACUUUGCUGUUCUAUGACCCAGAAUCUAUGUCUGUGCUGCAUGUAGCUAGAUAUGCUUUUAGAGAACCGCUGCUAGCCGCCUGCGCUGUGGCUGAUCAGAGCAUCUCUAUAGUGCACUGAACACUAGAUGAAUGUUAAUAUUAGGAUGUUGAAGGAAUGGAUGAAAUGUUAUAUGCAAUGGUUUAAACCAAUGAACAUUUUUAAAAAUGUUCUGCAUUAUAUGUGCCACUGAAGACAGAACAUGCAAUAAGAGAAAGUGUAAAUCAUUUAUCAAAAAGAUAAUCUGCCAUGUAUUUAUUUACAUACCAGUUUUAUUAUAAAUUUUAAUUUAAAUGCAUACAUGUAUUGUGUAAGUAUUAAUUCUCCAUCUCUAUCCCCCCAAAAAGUCCAGUUUCUUGAGUCAUUAUCUAUAUUAUCAUAUGAAACAGUUAGAUUUGUCAUUGAUCAAACUCAAAAUUGCUGACACUUUUAUAUGACUCUUAUGCUUAUUCUAAAGUUUCUAUGCGAGCAUGAGAUCAUGGCUCUGGUGUCUCUGGAAUUCACAAGAAACAGAACUGCAAUGUAAACAUGCAAUAAAAUUUGAAUUGAAAUAA